AAAAAGGGGUCGGCGCGAUUGAUUCACUCACAACGUUUCUGCUGACUGCAGACAAAGACCACAUGGAACAGGACUAUAAGAAAAUCAGGAGCAUGAUUGAAGAAGCUACCCAGAGCGUGUUGAAAGCAGAGACGGUUUCCAAAUAUCAACUCGCAAAGGUUGAUGAAAAAUAUUUGGUAUUAACUACACAGAAGAGCUAUCUAGAAAGGGAACAAACCAACAAGAUCACAGAAUUGACUAAUCUGAAAACCAGGCUUGCAUCUCACAAUGAAAACUUGGUGACCAGUAGACAUGCUUUGGAGAAGGCAUAUCAACACGAACAAACUGCACAACAAGACCUUGAUAAUGCCAGAGCAAAGUAUUGUGAAGAAGAACAGAAAAGGAACAUCGGAAUUGGAUUGAUGUUCAUACCCAUUAUUGGGCCAAUAAUUGGAGGCACCAUGAUUGGCAUUUCUCAAACGGCCAUGAACAAUGCAGCGGAUGUUACCAGGCAUGCAGAAGCUGCUGUGAGUCAGUGGAGAAGUGAAGUCAGUAACUUUUCAAACGCAGUGGCCAGAUGCAGUGAUCUCGUAAAUGGUAAGCAGAAUGAAAUCUCCAGCACCAGCAGCCGUUCGCAGGAGAUUGAUUGCACGCUGCAGCAGUUAUCCCAGAAGCGGACAGCCACUGCUGAAGUGCAGAAGAAACUCCGAGACGCCACCCACUUCCUGAGCACCCUGGCUGGAAGAGUGCAGGUGUCCGAGGUGCAGACCAGGAGCGUUCUCUUCUUCGAUCCUCUGAUCACCAUACUGGAGGACAUAUCUCAGCACAUAGACCAGCUCUCAGGGAAUGAGGAAUACCAACUUCUCUACCAGCAGGAUAGCAAACCCAUGAUAGACAGGCUGAAGGAAAACAAUCCUAAACUCAAAGCUAUCUGCAACACAGGCGAUGGGAAGUUUUACUAAGAGCUUCCCCUGUACUGUUAGUGCUUCACGCUGUUUGCAUUUCUCAUUUAAGAUGUCAAAUCUACUUGAUUAUUUUUGUGGAAAUCA